CAGCUUUGAAUAGGGUUGUCACCUCAAAAUUCCGAACAGUCGGGAGAUAAAUAUACUUUAUUCACUGGAUAAAAUCUCAAGGAUUAACAACAAAUUGAUAUAUUAUUAUUUUAUUUUACGUAAAAAUAAAUAGCAACACAAAAUUGAACAAGUUGGAACAUUUCUUACGUUAGAUUAUUCAUUAUCUUUAUAUUUUUAAUCUAAUUGAUUCCCGGGUCAAAAAUAAAACUUCACGGAAAAAAAUGAACUAUACAAAUUGAGAAACGAAAUUUUGAGUCGUUUUUCACAAGACAAACUCGACUUUUUUUACGGAGGUAUGAAAUAUAUUGAGUUUUCACCUUGGUUUAGACUUAACUGGCUUACAUUCGUCACGAUUUAAGACAAAAAAGUCAAAACUAAAGUGAAACGCGAAAAACACAUUUUACACUAAAAAAUACUGCUUGCUUUUGACUUGGUUGAACAAGUCUAAAGUAAGGCGAAUAAAUAACUUUUUUUUGACUUGGUUCAGCAAAUCACAAGUAAGAUGGAUGACUGUCAUGCUCGAAGUGAAGACGAAUAAGUUUAAACGAAGAUAAAAAAAAAGCUCUAAAAGUCAAGAAAAAUUUAAUUAAAGUCGAAAAAGUCGAGAUUUUAUCAGAAAAUCGUCAGUAAGUCGAUAAUUUUAUAAGAAAAUUAGGUGAAGCGAGCCUAAAUCAAGUUCUAUUUUUUACCCGGGUUGUUGAAUAACUUACAACAUGAACAUGAUACACAUUAUAGAAAAAUCAAUUAAUUUUGUUUAAAAAACAUUGUAUUUAUUGAAUUCGGGAGAUUUUAUUUUGAAAUCAGAAGUCGGGAGAAACUACGCGAUUUCGAAAGUAUCCUGAUCAAAACUAGUAAGGUAGCAACCCUCUACCUUUGAAAUAUCAGUAACUAGUCUAUAAGUUUUGUCAGAUUUUUUUUAAUUAGCAUUUAUUUUAUUCUUUAAAUUUAUUUGGAAAAAAAAGCCUGCGUUGAAAAGCUGAAUACUAAAAUUAAUAGGAUUCAGACAAUUUUUUGAAAGUAAACGAAUUACGAAUUAUUUGAAUAUAUGCACACAAAGAUUUUGAUAAGUUCUUUGUAUAAAUUUCAAGAAAAUUUUCUUUCAAUAUUGAAAAAAUACAAAAAUAGAGGACUAGUUUGCACCGAAUUGAAAAACUAACUAGUCUUAAAAAGUUCAUACUUUAUUUUUAAAGACACUUGUUGUCGUUUAUGUCUGACUCCUUGUCUGGUUUGAAUUUUAUAGUUGGGGGCCAGGUAUUAAUGACAACGAAUGUACGCGGAAAUGAAUAAAACUGAUAGUAGAAAUUAUAUGAAAAAAUUUGAAAGUAUGAAAGGGUUAUAAAUUAUGCGUUAAGGGGUCAGCACAACCUUUUUGACUUGAUCCAAUCAUUUUAUUUUAUUUUUAAAUAUAGUACUGGUAAUUGCCACAUUUGAAUGCUGGCGCCACUUGAAUAUUAUCUACUAGUCCUACAGUUUUCCGCUCCGAGUGGGUCGUAGUAAAAUUAACAAUUGUACGGAUUAUUAUUAUUCACUGAGUUUUUAUGUAAAUAAAUAUAUUUAUGUGUCAAUUAUAAUAAUAAAUAUAUGAUAUACUGUGAAUGACCAAGGUCUGUAUGAUGUCCGGCAAUACUACAGAUACCAUGAUUCCAACCAAUAGAACAUUACCGAAUAUAAAACAGGAAGUUGAGAAUCCCACAACGCCAACACAAAAUUAUCACCAAGUCUGUUCACCGAGUACGACAAUUCAACAGCAAGAGGUCCUUCGUGAUAUGGAUAUCACAGAAUAUGGAGGUGGUGGUAGUGGUGACGGUGGUGGUACGAGUCCUGGUAGUCCUGAAAUGCAGCAUUGUUCAUCAACGACUCAACCCAUUGGUACUCCUGAGAAUGGAGUAAAAGAAGAAGAUAUGGUACCAAGACGAUUAUGUCUAGUAUGUGGAGAUGUAGCGAGUGGUUUCCAUUAUGGAGUAGCUUCAUGUGAAGCGUGUAAAGCAUUUUUCAAACGAACGAUACAAGCAAGUAAUUUUACAGGGAAUAUUGAGUAUACUUGUCCAGCAAAUGGUGAGUGUGAGAUCAAUAAGAGAAGAAGAAAAGCGUGUCAAGCAUGUAGGUUUCAAAAGUGCUUAAGACAAGGAAUGCUUAAAGAAGGUGUACGGCUGGAUCGUGUACGUGGUGGUAGACAAAAAUACCGACGAGCUACGGAUCCUUAUUUGCCUGUUAAAACUGUCACACUUGAAGCUAACGUAGGAUUAUCAGGAUCUGGAGAUACGACAAAUAAUAAAAUGAUUGAAGCACUUGUAGCGUGUGAGCCGGACACUUUGCAGGUGUUUAAUGCAACCACAAAUACACUUGAUACUGAUCAACGAGUACUUGGCCAACUGUCGGAUCUUUAUGACCGUGAACUUGUCGGUAUAAUUGGAUGGGCAAAACAAAUUCCUGGAUUUAGUAGUCUUGCAUUAAAUGAUCAAAUGCGAUUGUUACAAAGUACGUGGGCAGAAAUAUUAACAUUUAGUUUAGCGUGGAGAAGUAUGCCAAACACAGGGCGUUUGAGGUUCGCACAAGAUUUUAUAUUAGAUGAAAGACUUGCUCGUGAGUCUCAUUGUACUGAUCUUUAUAAUCACUGUAUCCAGAUUGUUGAAAGAAUUCAAAAACUCAGUUUAUCAAGAGAAGAAUUUAUAAUUUUAAAAGCAUUAAUAUUAACAAAUAGCGAUGUAAGACUAGAUGAACCUCAAGCAUUGCAUCGUUUUCGUGAAACAAUUUUAACAACAUUAUCUGAUUUGGUAUCAACAGUACGACAGGGUCAGGCAGUACGUGCAACCCAAAAUAUGUUUUUAAUAUUACCUAGUUUACGGCAAGCCGACAAUAUUGUUAGAAGAUUUUGGUCAAGUGUUUAUAGAACCGGUAAAGUACCGAUGAACAAGCUUUUUGUUGAAAUGCUUGAAGCUGCUGCUUAUCGAUGAGACAACGUCAGCUCGAUCGACCUUGAAAUUGAGAUGCGAAGGCCGAUCGACGCUGCAACAGCAGUACCAGUUUAGCUGUUGUGAUUUAUUAUAUAUAUGUACAGAGAAAUGAAUUGUGAUGGAGACUUAUAUUAUGAGGAAUUACGUCAGGGAUAUAUAUAAUGUGUAAUAUGUUUCGAACAAUGUUUGUAUAUUGAUUGAAAACAAAUGUUUAUGUACAGUCAUUACGACAAGUUAGUGAGAGAAAUGCGCGUAGUUAGAUUCUAGUGCUUCGACUUUUAUAAUAAUCGCUAAUUAGUUAUAAUUAAAUAAAAUAGGCGUAGAUUUAAUAAUUAGAAAGUUUACGUUAAUAAUCAAAACUAUAGCUGGCAAAUUAGAUUCAUUAUUCCAAUGAUUACUAAUUAAUUAUUUAAAUAAUUGCAUGUGUAGAACUGUUAGUAGUGCAAUAUAAAAAGUAAUUAACAAUGAUGAAGACAUAUUUAAAAAAUAAAUAUAAUUUUUUUCUUUUAGUCAGGUACCCCAUUUACAGGUACAAAAAAUAAUAAAAUGUAAUCAUUAUUAAUUAGUUAUUAUUGGUGAUAAUAAUAUAAUUGUCAUCAAAUAAAUUUUUUUCUGUCGAUUGUAAAUUUAUAAAUUAAUUACAAGUCGAAGCACUGUAUAUAAAUAGUUUUUUUUUGUAGAAAUGUACAAAUGGUAUCAAGUGAUAACAGAGAUUAUAUCGAUGUGAAUUGAUAAAUUUUUAAGAAAAAAUUUUAGAGAAUGGCAGGAACGUUCUGUAAAAAUGUUAAAAUGGUUACCGGUAGAAUGAUAAUAAUUUUUUUUUUUUUAAUUAGUAAAGUCCGUUAAUAAUAUACGCUUUAAGAGUCAACAUUUAUUGAUUCUUCGGUAUGAUCAUGUUUAUGUGAAUAGUCUGUUUGCAUGAUAUUGAUUAAAUAGUGGUAAGGCCGUUGAUAAAUAUAAUAUUAAUAAUAUUAAUAAUAAUAAUAAUAAUAAUAAUAACGAUAAUGAUAAAUAAAUAAAUAAGAAGAAUUAGAAAAGAGAAAUAAAUAAAACUGGUUGUUAUGUGACCACUCAGAGUCGUACACACGUGCCAUGAGGGCCGUAUGAGAGUUAAUUCAGGGAUCUUAAAUAUAAUAUUUAGUUAUUAUUGUUGUUAUGAAGAAAUAAUUAAAAAAACAAAUUCAAGUUUUUUAAAAAUCAUGUAUUAUAUCAAUUACUUUAUUUUUGAAUAUUUAAAAUAUUUUGUUUGAAAAUUAAUAAUCAAAUUUUUGGCUGUAAGAGUGCAAUAUAUAUUUAUUGACAUUCAUUAAAAUUAUUUUAUAAAAUAUCUUGUUAAUUUUGAAUUUUAAUUUUUUAUUAAUUUUAUUUACUACAGGAUAAAUUAUCUGCAUGAAAUAAAACCAAGUAUAUAUAAACAUAUAUAUAUUUUUUUUAAUGAAUUAUAUGUGAGUAGAUUAUUUGAAUAAUAAAUAUUAAAUAAUAAUUCACACGGUUAAUUUCCCAGUGUGUUUAAUAUGUAUAGAGUUUAAAAUAAAAAAAAAAAAAGUUUUUUUUUAACAAUAAAUGAUUGUUAAAUAAAAUACGGCUGUUGAUCCACGGCGAAUUUGAAUAAAUAAUUUUGAUUAAUAAAUAAUCGGCAUUUCUUAGCUCUUUUUAUUUAUAUUUUUUUUUUUUUAAAUACACUAAUUUAGAAUAAAAAAUGAGUUUCCACCAAUUUAUAAAGUAAUCAGUCGGUUAUAAAAAUAAUAGAUUUAUUUCCUCAGAUUUUUAAAAAUAAAAAAAUCCGUUUUUUUUAUAAAUAGUUAUAUUUUUAAAUUUCAUUUUCUGUUAAAUUUAUUUUCCGAAGCUGAGACGCUUCUCUAUUAAACUGUGAUAUUCGCGUUACAUAGUGCAUAAAACAUGAAUAAUUCCUAAUUCAUGGAUUAUUUUAAAUAAUUAUCAUUGCAAAUAGUAAUAAACUCAGCGCACAUAGUUGUGUCAGUCUCAUUCAUAAUACGCUUUAAUAAAUAACUAAAAGUACAUAAAUACUGUAUAAGUCACUGUUAUUAUUUUUUUAAACCAGUCAUUAAUUACUCAUCUUUACGUGUUCAAUAAAAACAUAAAUAUAUUUUUAAAUCAUUAUUUAAAAUAAUAUCUUUGAUAUUGAUAACUUUACAUAAAGAUUUUUGCAUCCAUUCUUUAUUUAUUUUUUUCUUUUUUGUAAUUAUUUCCUAAGUUUAAAUAUUUUUUGCUUCCAAGUAAAAGUUCGUCGUGGCAGUAGCAUUAAAGUCUCAGGGUUUCAUACAAAUGAACAAACAAACAAACAAAUAAAUAACAAAACAAAAAUUAUAUAUAUUAAUGUAUAUAAAUAAUAAUUAUAAUAAAAUAUGUCUGUAUGAAUUGAUGGAGUGAUAUAUUUAAAAUAAAUCGUACAUUGUUUAAUGAAUCUCGUAUUUAAAACAAACAAGAAAACAAAAAAUCAUAAUUACUUUCAUUUUACAACGUACUGUUAUUAAUUAUUAUAUUUAUAAAAUUGCCACUUCGUGUUCGAUUGAGUAAUCCUCAUACGACGUUCUUUUAUUUUGUUUAAAUAAUAAAUAAAUAUAUUUUUUAUUUAAAAACUUAAACAUCACAUCAAUGCUUUGUCAAUAGUUACUAAAAAGUAAAAUACAUAGUUGGUAAUACAUAACGUUUUUUAAAAUAAUGAGAAUGUCGUUGGUAGGUAAAUCGAUACGUAAAAUUAUAAAUGAUUGUACAUUUAAUAAUAACAAUAACAAUAACAAUUAUUGUUAUUAUUUAUUUUCGUUUGCUUAUUGCCACUGUCAUAAAGUGUUCUUUUAAUUAUGUUAUAUUUCAAAAUUACCAUAUUAAAAUUAGUGAUAAUACAAGAUCAAAUAUAUGGAUGAAGUUCAAAAUAAUCUACAAAGUUUCUAUCAUUUAUUGUGAAGAAUAAAAAAAAAAAUUUUUAAAAACAAGGCAUAAUCAUAAGUCUCACUUCGGAAAUGUAUUGUCUGUUAAUUAAUUUAAAAAAUUAAUAAUCAAUGUUAUAAAUAAAAUGAAGAAAAAUAAAUUUUCAUCGUGAUUAUACAUAAUGUAGUUAUAUUAUAAUGAUAUUGUAGAAAUUUAUGAGUAAUUUUUAUAUACCCAUAUUAUAAAAUGUACAAUAGAUACAAAUAAUGAAGUUGUGUAACAGGCUAUACAAAGUCAACAUGAACACUAAACAUUGAACAGUAAUAAUAAUAAUUUUAAUAAAAUUAAAUUGUUUAUUUGCACAUAUUACAAUGAUAAUUGGUAUAAAUUUUAUUGCGCAAAUUAUCUUUUAAAAUAAAAUUGAGUAAAUAAUUAAUACAACAAAAUAAUAAUCAAAACAAAUGUAUAAUUAAUAUUUAUUGUUUUAUUAACACACAUCA